UUCAAAAUCUCUGAAGAUGCAUGAAAUCCAACAACUACCUAGGCAUGAAAUGCAUGUAACUGGGCAAACUGCUACUCGCCAGUCUGCAAGACCUCAGUCUUGGGACAGGGAUCAUGACAAUCUGGAUCAAGUUGGAUGUACCUGGCAUCAAAGAGGAAGUUUAAAAGAAUUCCAAAUCAGGUAUCUAGCAAGGAAAUUCUUCUACCUGUGGGCAAAAAAGACAUUUGGACAAGUUCUCCCUUACAAAGCCAGAUGCUUUUAUGACCAGAAGAUUCUUCUAAAAGCUUUUGGAGAGUGGAGGGAGCGCUGGACUGUUGGCAGAGAAAGGAAGCUCAGCCUCAGAGCAGACAACCACUACAGGCAUUUUCUCCAUAAUUUGAUAUUCAAGGCUUGGAGAGCCUAUGUAUGCCAACAGCAAGGAAAGAGGAACAAGUAUUAUGUUGCAGAGUCUUACGCAAAGACGCAAAUAUUGCUCAGGAGCUGGCAGUGCUGGUUGGUUUAUGUUGAUGUUCAAAGGACAAAACAUGGGUUGCGGUCUGUGGCAUUGGCAUUCAGGGAGAGGAGCUGUUUGCGCGUAUCGUGGGCAGUGUGGAGAAGACGCUACCAGAAUGGCACUGGACGUAAAAUGAAUAUUUUGGCUCUGCAGCAUUGGGCCCAGAGCCUGCAAUUUCGAGCUUGGUUGCAAUGGCGAGAACUGUAUUUAUACAGCCAGAAUGACAAGCAGAAGCAGACUAGGGCAGUAACUCACCAUCAGCACUGGAAAUUGAAGAGAUGCAUGGAAGCAUGGCUGGGAUACUUAAACCUCCACAGAGUGAAGAAACAUCAGAAUGCGCUGGCCCAAGAGCAUCACCGAAGCAGGAUAGUCCAACAGUGUUUUUCUGACUGGUGGCUGUCGUGUGAGCACAGGAGAAGAAUGCACGCUCACCAAAAGGACGUUGAAAGACUAGCAGCAAGGAUUGCCUUACGGAGAGUUUUUGCACACUGGAAGCAUUAUGUACUGUGUGUGGAAGAGACUGGGCAGUGUGAGCUGGCUGAAAAACACCACAGGCGUCAUCUGUUGAAACUUGGGUUUAAGGGUCUUUGGCAGAAUGUCAUGAACGCUCGUCUUCAGCAAAUCAGAAAAAAUCUGUCAUACCGUCAGCAUCAAGUUACAGUGCUGCAGAAGUACUGGAACUGCUGGAAGUCACGUUUGGAAGAAAAGGAGGAAGAACAGCAACAAGCCUUAAUGUCAGUGGCUCAUGCCCAUUAUAGGAGGGUAUUGAUGAGACAGGUAUUUGACACGUGGUUGUUGAACGCCUGCAAGCGGCAAGAAUACCGAAUGGGAGAGAAGAAGGCUGUACUUCAUUUUGAAAGGCAACUAUUACGUUGUUUCUGGUCCUUCUGGUGUAGAACAGCUGCAAGUUUGGAGGAACGAGAGGGUUUGGCUCAUGCAAGAGAUCACUACAGUAACCUGCUGCUGCUAAAGGCUUUCUCUCUGUGGAAGCAAAGUACUCAGGAGGGAAAAGCCAAGAGGCUCAAGGUGAUGCAAGCCUUAAGAUUUCACUAUUCAAAGUGUCUGCAGCAGGCUUGGAACAAGUGGAGGGAGUAUGUGGGACAUCAGCAUGAGAAGUGGAGGAAGUUGGUACAAGCCGACAUGCACUAUCAGCACACAUUACUGGGCAAGACCUUGGCAGCCUGGAAGGGUUACCAGCGUAACGUGCAGUGCAUUCUAUACCAAGUAGCCGAAAAGGAGAAAGAGCACGCUAGCCUGCUGCUGCGACGAGUUCUGUGUAUAUGGAGAGAAAAUACCCUUGCUCUUAUAUGUGAAGCUAAGGUGAUUACUUGGGCAGAUGAGCACUACAGGAGAGUAAUCCUGUCAAAGGUGUUGCUACAGUGGAGAUGCGCUGCCCUGUUGCAAAUGGGUUGCCGCCAGCAGAAGGUGGCAGCUGUGAUGGAGGCCAGAAAACAUUUGGAUACAGUGCGCUUACAGACCCUGUUCCUUCACUGGAAGGAGUUAACUAGACAGUGUCUGAUGCUGAGGGCCCAGCAGCACAGGGCAGUAGAGCAUCACCAGCAGCACCUACUCCAGAAGUACCUGGUGAAAUGGAGGAAGUAUCAUCAGCGGUGCCUGGGGAAGAUGCUGUUACAGAGACAGGGAGAUCAGCUAAUGGCUCAUAGACUUUGCUCUGCUUCCUUCUCUUGCUGGAAGAUGCGGCUGUUGCAGCAGCAAUGGGAAAAGCAGAAGACCUUGCAAGCAUUGUGGCACUGGUCCCUUUCACUGCAGAGAAAGGUAUUUAAUGCUUGGCUCAGAUUUGCGAAGGGACAACAGCAGAAGAAAGAUGGCCUUGAAAAAGCCCGACAAGUUUACCAUACUGCUCUUCCAAGAGAAGAUGUAACCCAGGUCUUGUUAUACCCAGCUGGCAUGAGGCAGUUGGAGGGACACCUCCAAGCCCAGCACCAGCUGAAGGCAGCCUACAGCCUUCACUAGUCAGUGUAUCGUUGUGCCAUGCUGUGGAAACAGAAGGCGCUCUCUAAUAAAUUGUAAGCCUAAUAAAUUAAUAAGCCUCAUUCUUUUUUGCCACCUCUCAAGAAGCAGGUGACAUUUAACAUGCCUGACGGUAGCCCUGAGACAAGAGGACAUUCGGCAGAGGAAGAGCCAUGGCCUUUGAAAUGCCGUCAUCUGCCAUCUCACCUUGCUGAUGGGGACUUGAUUCUCGGUGAUCUAAAUGCUAUUCAAGGAAGGUUACUGCCACAGAAGCCUGACUUCCUUCUGGAAUCUCUGGAAGGCAAGGAACUGCUGGGACCUCCUUUUACUAGAUCAGAAGCACCUUUUCAGCAAACAUUUAGGAACAAAUGUUCUGCGCAGGCUGGGAGCUUAGUGCCCACACCUCAAAUGGAAGGAAGUACCUGUAAAUGUGUACCUCAGAUGGGCAAUACCACUCAUUCCUGUCCAUCUCUCACACAUGCUGCUCUCCCGUCUGUCCCACUGUUGACACGUGAUGUGCACCACACUGUUCAGAGGCCGGAGCUGUGGUUUCCUUCAUCUUUCAUGCACCAAACAAAAGCUGGAGCAGAAACGAGAGGACGCCAGCCUGUGAGUAGUCAGCAAGGAGCCCAUUCCCGAGACUGUCAACAGGACUCCGUGGAGAAGUUGCGACCAAACUUGCAGCCGCAUUUGCUGUCACCUGAACACUUUGUGGGAAAAUGGAGUCACCAAACUGCAGCUGAAAGGGAAGAAAGGGAGCACAAUUCCAGAGAAGAAAUGAUGUUACGGAGAAAGCUGGAAGUUGAACUCCAACACAUCCAACAGCAGAUGCAGUACUAUUUCUGCAGGAAGCAAGAGCUCAAGUCCUGUCAGCAACAAGCAGAGAUUCUACAGAAGUGGCUGGAAACGAGCACGCGAGCAGAGAAGGAAUGUGGUAUAGAAGUUCAGGAAGAAUUGGAUCAGUUGCAGGUGAGGAUCAAGGUGCUCACCAAAGCACACCUAAAAGAGAGGCAGCAUGUGCAGAACCUGGUUGCCCGCCUGCGUGAUAUCCAGAUUGCUCUGGAUAUAUAA